GGCAUGUGAUAUGAAUCUACUAUUUAGUCGUGUCUUUCAAUCAACAUUUACUAUAUUUGCCGCUUUUCGAUGACAUUUAAUUGUAUUGCCCAGAAUUGAGCGAUGAAUUGAUGGCAUAAAACGGCAACAAAUGAGUUGCACUAUAAUAGAGGAGAUACCGAUCGGGAGGAUUGUGGCCAACGAUAACGGCCUCUUGAGUACCAUCACGAACGGCGUCUACACCAAUGAACACCAGAAACGGAUUGAUUUUGUGUUAGUCUUUCGGAACAAAGACAAUGAAAAGUCCGGUAAAAGUACGGCUAAAGAGCGGCAGAUAUUUGAGACAAAUCUCACUGAAGAGGGACUAAUACUGGAAUACGCGGACAGUGUUGGCAACGAUGAGUACACUUAUGUGCAAAUCUACGCGCCGUGGGAUCUGUUGACCAGAUAUGCGGAAGUGAUGAAACUCCGGAUGCCUAUG